AUGUCCACACUCCUCAUUCCUCCAGCAUUUUUUGGUCUCUCGGCCUUGGUCUUCCUGGUUGCAAUUCAACUGCCUUUGAAAUACCGAGUAUGGCUCUCUCCAUUGCUGUUGGGGGGUGCAUACGCAUCGCUCUCUGCCAGCCACUAUUUGGACGCCCUUCCAAGCGUUAACACAUUAUGGGGACUCUUCACCUGUAUCUGGAUACUGCAUGCCAUCAGCAUCCUGUUCAUCGACAAAGUCGCUAUUCCUCGAGGCGCUCCACCAUGGACUGCAGCAUACAAGAUUUGGAUGAACCCACGGCGUCAGUUUGACUGGGAGGCCAUUAUAUCGAGGAACCAGAAUACAAACUCAACAAGCAGAGCCACUUUCAUCAUCAAGCGUCUGUUUAAAGCCGUCACUUGCUGCAUUCUCCAAUUUUUUAUCAUUGGACCUUUUGUAUUUUUGAAUUUCUCCUUCACCUCACACGAUUUUGGACGAGUUCAAGAGAUCUUUAUCCGAAGAUUAAUCUGGUCGGACUAUGGGCCCUCGAUUACUCCGCGCGAAAUCCAGAUGAGGCUUCUCUUGUCCGUAUACUGGAUCUGGCUGACAUACUUCAUGCUGGAUGUUUGUCAUAUUCUGCUUUCAGUAUUCUUUGUCCUCCUUCGAGUUGACACUCCUGAGGAAUGGCCACCUUUAUUCGGCAGCGUGGGAGAGGCCUACGGGGUUCGGCGCUUUUGGGCAAAAUUUUGGCACCAACUAACCACACCUUGCUGUGCUUCUUCUGGCAAACUUGUUACUCGAAAGCUGCUCAGAUUCAAACCCGCUUCAUUCCUCGAGAAAUGCUUUAUUGCGUUCUGGACUUUCUUUCUGUCUGCCAUUUACCACUUCGUUGCUGAUUGGAUGGCUGGAGAGCCUUGUCGACCGAUGAAUGAUUUGUUCUUCUUUUUUAUCAACUUCUUGGUUGUGACAGCUGAGAUAUUCGUGGCUUUUGUCUGGACUCAAGUGCCAAACGUUGAGGUUGGAAGGGGUAAGCACUCCAAUACCUCAAAGGGGCAAAAGUUUGCAGGUUACAUUUGGCUUCUAUUCUUCUUCUUCUGGGGCGUGCCAAAAUGGCAAUACUCGAAGCUCCAGGCUAUGGUUGAACGGCUUGAAAGUUCAAGACAUUUGGAUUUGUAG